AUGUCCGCUGACUUCUGGUCCGGCUACGUCUCGGGAGCCAUUGGGAUCCUCGUCGGCAAUCCCUUGGACAUCAUCAAGACGAAGCUGCAAUCCGGUUCCGCAAAAUCUGCUCCAGAAGGUCCAAUCACCAGAAGUGGUACCGAUCCUAGAGCAAGUCCCAGCGCGAGCCUGAGCGAGAAUUCACCACCAUCUCCCGUUGCCCAGCACAAACCCACCCAACGUUGGGCCUCCUUCGCCCGCGGAGCAGCAGCCCCCAUCCUAGGCUACGGAGCCUUGAACGCGCUACUAUUUGUCUCCUACAACCGCAGUCUUGCCCUCCUCAGCACCGGCAAUCUCAAUGAACCCCCAGAGACCCCUUCAGCCUGGAGCAUCUGGACGGCAGGAGCCCUAGGCGGCCUCGCGACCUUUUUCGUCUCCGCCCCAACAGAGCUGAUCAAAUGCCGUGCUCAAGUGUCCAACCCACCACGCUCCUCCCUGCAGAUCGCCCGAGAGCUCUGGAAAGCAGCGGGUUUGCGAGGGCUGUACAUGGGCGGUGCUGUGACGAGCAUCAGAGAUGCCGUCGGGUAUGGGUUCUAG